AAUAACAUUUCUGCAUGUGACUGUUAGAAGAAUUUCUCUAAAGAUUUACUUCAUUGGAAAAAACAAGAGGUUUAAUUACACAAGCUUUGUUACAAUAAUGGCAACUGCAGCAGGUAAUGAAAAUGAGGAAACUGAAUGUCAAAGUGAUUCAUUAACACAGGAGUCAGAUGAAAUACAAGAAAUGUAUUGUGAAAAUUGUGAAAAGGACCUGGGAACUACAGUUAGAGCUGAUGGAUUUUGUGUUGAGUGUAUGGAGUAUCUGUGUUCCACGUGCCUCAGGUAUCACAAGAAGUAUGUGCCUGACCACACCUUGCAAGACAGUGCCAACAUGCCACAAGACUUUUGUUUGGAAAAAUGCCAGAUCCAUAAAGUUGAAUUAACUAAGUUUUACUGCAAAUCUUGUGACCAGAUCGCAUGCCCAAGAUGUAAGACUGAACACCACAAAGAAUGUACAGUUGACCACAUUCCAACAUUGGUUGGAUCUACUGAUAUCAAGAAUGAAGUACUGCAGAUAAAUCUAUCAAUUGAUCAAAGUUUAGAACUAUUGGCUACUUCAAGAGAUAACCUAAAUUCAAAACUAACAGAAGUUCACUCAAACAGAGCCAAUGCUAGUGCUUCAAUCAAGACGCAAAAAGAUACACUAAAAGAUGUUUUAAACAAAGACUUUCAACUUCAACUGAAAGAUAUGGAUAGGAGGCAUGACAGUUUUUUGAAAGAUCAUGAAAAGAGAAAAGCUGACUUACUUGAAAAGUUAGACAAAGAAAAGGAAAUGUUAAUACAUAACCAUCUCCUUCAAAAAGAGAAAAUUCAAGAAGAACAAAGGCUACUUGAAGAACAGUUAGAAGAAUGUGAUGAAGAACUAAACAAUGAUUCAGAAAAACUAAAACAAACUGACGAGUUGAAACUGCAGACACAGCUAUCAAACGCCAACAAAACUGGGGCAGACCUUACAGACUUGAAAAAAAACUUUCAAACAAUAAUAAGAACAGGACAGAAGAGUAGAGUAUUUUUGGCAGUAAAAACAGCUAAAUACGAAGUAGAGCAACUGAAAACUGAUACAGAUGAAGCAAGCCAGGACACUGAAAUAAAUAAUUAUGAAUUUCAACCAUGUGAAGUGCCUCCAAGACCUGAUGCAAUCUUAAGCUUUGGUUCUCUUACAGAAAAAUGUAAAAGAAAAAGAAAUAUUUCUAAAGAGUACUCAAUUUCAGUGAAAUCAAAAUCUGAUACCAAAUAUAGCAAAAUAACAGGAUUAUGCAAACUCUCUGACAACUUUCUUGUUGCUGUUGACAAUAAUAAUGCUUCUUUUAAACUUAUAGAUGCAAAAAAACACACCCUGGCAUCUAUUCUGCAAUUAGAAGACAAGCCUUUUGGUGUAACAAAAGUAGAAGACAAUGAAUUGGCUGCCACACUACCAGAUGUUGG